AUGGAUCGAACUGCCGAUGGAAUGGCUCGUCUUGGACCUCACGCAAAGAAAGACGAUGAGGUGCACCAGUCAUGGAUUUUGGUCCAGCAAGUGGCCCGUCAGAUACUCAAUAUCUGCAGGAAAACCAGUCCACUACCUUUUUAUGAACAAAAGUGUGCGAACUUAGAGGCUUAUGACGUCUCCAGUGUCCGUAUGACAACGAUAAACGUCCGCACUAUCGGUGCUGUGGGUGUUUCGUCGCACGAUAUUGUUCCCGGAGUUGCCAGAGAACAGAUUGGAAGAGCAGACAUCGUACUGCAUGCCCUGUCCUCCAUUCAGCUGGUGGGGUCCAAACACAUUCGCGGUAGUCUUCCUCUCAUCAUGCUUGUGGAAACUUUCAACUACUCGCUAUACGCUGACCGAAUACAAGAAGCCAUGGAACAAGCACGAAAGGACUACCCAGAGGAUAUUGAUCGUCUAGUUUUGGAAACAGACCUUUCAGCUUACCCAGUCACUUUCUCUGCACGACCAGUUCAACAAUACGCUGAUAAGUUUGACCCCCGGUUUGAUCCUGUUAUGCUCAAGGAGCUAAGAGGAUUACCUGGAAAGCACAUCCUGAUGGCCCUCAAACUCAGAGCAGGCCGAGAAGAAUGCGUAGUACUCAGUCCGAGGGUGGGUCUUACACUAGCUUUCCAGUGGCCGGCUGCCAAGGAAGAAGAAGCAGUGCUGUCUUCUGUUCAAGAAGCGUUGGUUUCACGCCUCGCAGUAGGUCCAGGUAACGUGAUCAAAAGGGGAGAAGGCUUCAAAGUGGUAGAAUACAGGCAGCAACCGAUGACCCAGUCCACGACUUCGUUUAAUGGAUAA